AACACCGCUCUCAUUCCAGCCCCCUACUGUCGCACUCUUGCCCCCUUCCCCCCACCCGGUGGUACCAUGGCGUCUGGCGAGGAGGACGGAGCGGUGGAGGAGAAAGAAACUAAUAACAAGAAAAAGCGGACGAAAAGCGCCAUCGCCACCGCAUGGCUCACGUUCUACAACAUCGCCAUGACGGCCGGGUGGCUGGUGCUGGCUCUUGCGAUGGCUCGGUACUAUCUCCAGAAAGGCACACAUAAGGGCGUGUACAGAAGUAUAGCAAGGACACUUAAGUUUUUCCAGACAUUUGCUGUGCUAGAGGUUGGGCACUGUGCAAUUGGAAUUGUGCGGACAUCUGUGAUUGUGACUGGGGUCCAAGUGUGCUCCCGGAUAUUCAUGGUUUGGUUCAUCACUAAUAGUAUCAGACAGGUCCAGAAUCAGGAGAGUGUGAUAUUGUUUCUGGUGGUGUGGACAGUCACCGAGAUCACACGUUACUCCUUCUACACCUUCAAACUGCUUAACCAUCUGCCAUACUUCAUCAAAUGGGCCAGAUACAACCUCUUCAUUGUCAUGUAUCCUUUGGGUGUGAUUGGUGAACUGAUGACCAUAUAUGCUGCUCUACCAUAUGUUCGGAGAUCAGGCAUGUACUCUUUGAGGCUCCCGAAUAAGUACAACGUCUCCUUUGACUACUACUACUUCCUCAUCAUCGUAAUGCUGUCCUACAUCCCACUAUUUCCUCAGUUAUAUUUCCACAUGCUGCGCCAGAGGAGAAGGGUGCUUCAUGGAGAGGUUAUAGUGGAGAAAGACGAGUAGAGAAAGACCAUGCUGAACCACCAGAUAGCAAUCAGUGAAUGCUCAGAAAACCUCCACACAGUCUUCAGUUCGUGGUGAAGAACACUAGAUAACAUCAGACUGUACCAUUCUGUCUGCAGGGUUACCCCAACCCAAAACCAUUCAACAAAUUCAAUAAAUUUGAAUUGCUUGAGUACCCAUCUAUAGAUCACAUAAAUCUCUCCUCAGUUACUGAGACAGGCCCCACCAGACCCAUCAACUACAUGCUUUUCACUUGGACGGAAAUGCUAUCAGUUUUAUCAUCAGAUAUCACCAUAGUGCAUACAAGAUAAAAAACAUUUAGGAUGAAAUCUUUGACUAUAUUUCCUCUGCUUCAUCACAAAGAUGGACUGCCUCUGGAUUACUCUCCUUCUGUUUCGGAUUACGUCUUUUUUUCUAUACUCUGUAGUCUGGACUGAAUCUCACCUUUGUACUGGAUUAAAUCUCUUCUCUAGUUUGGACAUAAUCUCACCUUCGACUGGACAUGAUGAUUGGAUGAAACAAUCUCUGGUCUGUAUUAAAUUGCUGUGUUUCUGCCCUUUCAAAGAAAAGGUAAAGUAACCAGCUAGCUAAACGUC